GCAGUAGGUGAAACCUUGAAGAAAAAGUGGCUCUGUCUUCAAAAAAGUGACCUGACCUUUGCUUUGGGGAAAGGCUCUAGGGCGGCAGAUAAGGCUGUUGCCAUGGUGAUGAAGGAGAUUCCGAGGGAGGAGUCGGCAGAAGAAAAGCCCCUCCUUACUAUGACAUCACAGCUGGUGAAUGAGCAACAAGAAAGCAGACCCCUUCUGAGCCCCUCCAUUGAUGACUUUCUCUGUGAAACUAAACCAGAAGCUAUUGCAAGGCCUGUAACAUCAAACACUGCAGUAUUAUCAGCAGGUCUGGAUCUUUUGGAUCUUAGUGAACCUGUCUUACAAACCCAAAACAAAGCAAAGAAAUCAGAGAAUCCAUCAAGAAGUGAAGGCUUAAAAGCUUCAACCCACAGAAAGAAGACAGACAAUUCUGACCUUAUCAGUGUGGAUACUGAGCAGAAAGCCCAGACUGUCAGAGUUUCAGACAAGUCUUCACUAGAUUUAGUUCAUAUUCAGACACAGCUGGAGAAAUGGGAUGACGUCAAUUUUCACGGAGACAGGAGUAGCAAGGUCCACCCUUCUACACAGCGAACAUCAUCAUCAUCUAGAGCUGCAUCAAAAGAGCUUUUAUGGUCCACAGAAAACAGAUCACAGUCUGAGCUGAGUAACGUCAAGAGUGCCUUGAACUCUGAUUCAACAUCAGAAUUAGAACUUACACCUGCAACACAG